AUGCCGGACACUCCUACUGAUACCCUCACCACCACAAGCAUGGAGAUUCUCACGACGAUGCCCGCGGAGAUCCUCGUGGAGAUCUUCAUAAACCUCGACACCAUCACUGAUGCGGUCAGUCUCAGCCGUACCUGUCAACUGCUCCACCAGGUAUUCGAGAACAACUCACUCGCUCUCCACCGCUCCACCGUUCCGAACGAUUCCCUCUUCGUCAGCUACGAUCGCCUACAGUCGUCCUGGAGUCUCUAUGACGCCGCAUUACGGCUGCAUGGUGUGCGUCACGGUGGUGACUGCUAUUGGCUGCAGGAAGACCAUACAUACGGCAUCCUCCGCAGCUGCGAAGAGUACGCCGAGGUCCUGUCCACCGCGGUUGGCAUCUCCACUGCGGCGGAGAAGAUCUGGACUCUCCUCGUCAACCGCCGGCUGGGCAAUCGCAGCUACGACUCGGUGUGGUGCGAAUUCGGAAUCCAGGCUAUCAAGGACUUGCUGUAUGAGUAUUUUGCCUGCCUGGAAGACUACGGAAUUAAGUACGUGACGCAUUUUCAGACGCUGGCAGCCAUCGCGUGGGUCGUGUGGAGGCAUUGGAAGGAGAGCUGGGGUAUUCCGGGGAUGACCGAAACGUCGAAGCGGACAUUCUCUGCUUGGACUUAUUCCCUUCCGGGGAUAAACCACUAUGCCGAGGUGGAACACCGUAUCAUCACCCAAUAUGUCGACUGGCUGACCUUCCAUUCCGGAUGGGACUGGUGGAAGUCGCUCGAGGGUUCGUGGCGCACUGCUGAGAGACCCGAUGUAAAUUUUGGCAGCUUGUACUGCAGAACCUUGAUGUUUGCUGUCAACGACCAUGAGGAGUAG